AUGCAGUCGGACUUUGAAACCGAGUUCAACACCGCCCAAAACCUCGUGGGUGCACCCGGAUACGGCUCUGCCAGCGCUCGUCUCUACAGCAUGCUCCAAUGGAAGACCACCCACGACGUCAUCAGUGCCAGCCCGGCCGCCAUGGCAACCAACAUGCCGCUCCUCCUCGGCAUGUGGUGCUCCUCGGGUCCGCCAGCCUUUCCCAACGAACUCACCGGCCUGAGAACCGCCUUCGACACAUACUGCCAUGCCUUCACCUCCCUCGUGGUCGGCAUCUCCGGUCGGCAGCGAGGACCUGUAUCGCGACUCGCCCACCGGCAAAGCAAACAAAGCCGGCACCGGCACCAACGCGACCACCAUCGCGGGCUACAUCCACCGCGCGCGCGAGGCGGUCAGGGGAACUCCCUUAAAAAGACCCCGAUAGGGCAUGUCGAGACCUGGACCGAAUGGGUCGACCUGCCCAAGGACCAGGCCGUGCUGGACGCGGUGGACCGGGUUGGCGUGGACGCGUACAGCUACUGGUAG